UUUCGUGAAGUUCUGAGAACACUGGGAUUCCACGUUCAUUAUCAAUAAUUUUUUCAUUAAAAUGGAUUUUCGCAUGAAAAGAUAAGGACACGUUGUAAGGAUUAAACUGAUAUUUAAUCGAUACAAUAACUGAGAGGACUGGCGUGGAUACAGUGUGACAUUUUUCCUGCAUGGAUUAAAACGAGGAUCUUUUUUCUUUUUAUGCGUGUUUGGUAAUGAUUUGAUUCGGACCCCCAUGACCUGGAUUCCAUGAUUGUUCACAUCUGCUAAUACGUUUGGAUUUACAAAAUAACCUCACAGUUUUCUUUGGAGUUCAUAUCGGAAACGUUAAAGAUAAAGGUUAUAUGUCUAUUUUAAUUCCAGUUUGGAUUCGGCGUGUCUUGGGAAAAUAUUUAAUCGUUUUGCUGAAUAAAUUCAUUAUUGAUACAUUUUCCCUGGGGGAGGUUGGUUGGGGGGGAUUACAUUUCAAAUCUGGCCCCUCAUCCGGCUGUCAAUAAUUUGUGUGUUGUCAGCGUAUAGCGUGGCUUUCUUGAGAAGGAACCUAUUUGCCACGGCUCGGUCUUGGUACCGACCCAGGAUUUCGACAUGCCCAGCACUGACGACCCCGGACGAUUAUGACUGCAGCAGCGAAUUGGGUGGCUAACGGGGCGAGCCUUGAAGACUGCCACUCCAACCUCUUCUCUCUGGCGGAGCUGACUGGCAUCAAAUGGCGACGGUACAGAUUCCGUGGGGGGGGCGAGUGCGGGCCGGUGAUUUCAGCACCUGCUCAGGACGACCCCAUUCUGCGCAGCUUCACCCGGUGCGUUCAGGCCAACCUGCUGUGCGUUUGGCGGCGCGACGCCAAGCCCGACGGCAAGGAGCUGUGGAUAUUCUGGUGGGGCGAGGAGCCUAACCUGGCUGACAUCAUCCACCAUGAGCUGGAGGAGCCUGAAGAAGGGGUGUGGGAGAGUGGACUGACAUAUGAGCGCAGGACGCUUCUCUUCAAGGCCAUCCACAACCUGCUGGAGAGGUGUCUGAUGGAAAAGGACUUUGUGCGGAUUGGGAAGUGGUUCGUCAAGCCCUAUGAACUGGAGGAGAAGAACCUCAGCACCAGUGAGCACUUGUCCUGCUCCUUCACAUUCUUCCUGCACGGCGAGAGCAAUGUUUGCACCAGCGUGGAGGUUGCCCAGCACCAGCCGGCCUACCGCAUCACGGAGGAGCACAUCACUCUGGCCCAGACCUCCUCCACUCCUGUGCAAGUGAUCCUGAGCCCCUACGGGCUGGCGGGGACACUGACGGGCCAGGCCUAUAAGAUGAGUGAGCCAGCAGUGCGCAAGCUGAUGGAGGAGUGGAGCUAUUUCUACCCCACGGUGCUGCGGCGUCAGGAGGCGGAGGGCGAGGACGGCAACCCCGCCUACGACCCCCACAGUCACGUGGCCGUCGAGGUCAUCAUAGGUGGUGUAAGGACGAUCUACCCUUCAGCCUUUGUACUCAUCGCUCAGGCUGACCUGCCAGUGGAGCAGGUCCCAUCAGCCCAGGGGGCACAGGGGACCAGCAGGGAUCCCACCAACUGCAGCAUUCCCCUCACCCCUCCCACCUCUCCUGAGCAGCCCUGCACAGGUGAUAGUGGCUUCCAGACCUUAGUCUCCAGUGUCACUGGACAGGAAGGUGGCAUGGUGGCCACUAACUCUAGCCCAAAGCACUCUGGGAAAAAGCUGACCAACCAGGCAGUGCACCAGGCCUGGAAGGAGUGCUAUCUGAACCACACACAGCACAAGAACAGUCUAUCUGGUACAGUGACCCCAGAAGAAGAGGUGCCUAACGGGGUACCAGCGUGGGAAUUCAUUGACCCGACAGAGAGGGUACCCUGUAGCUGCUCUAGGUUAAAACAGCAAAAGCAACGGCAGGCGAACCUGGUGGCCCGCCCCUCUGCAAACCCCCAGCCAGGUGCCAACCCUACAACCACAGCAGCUCCGUCCUUACCCCCACCUGCUCCGCCUAAGCACAAAGCAGCUGAAAAGCCAGACAAGCAGCCAAAAAGGCCAGCUCUGAUCCCCUUCCAUCACAGACUGUCUAUGGGUCAGGAGGCCUGCAUUGAGCCAGACCCUACUGGGGGCCAGAAACUUGGGCUGGCAGCUCUGGAGGCCCCUCUGGAUGUGCUAUCUCCAUGCAAGUACCCCAAGACUCUCCCUGCAGUUGGAAAACCACCAGAUUCACCGGCCCAGUCCCCUGUGUCCCCUUUGCCUCCUACUCUUAGCCCCCACCCGCGGGUACAGGAACCUGAGAUACUGGAGCCCCCAGUGGGUCUUCCUCCUUGCUCAGAGGUGCCUCUGGGUUCCAGGCUAGUGGAACCCAGUGAGACGGCACUGUACAUGGCCUCCCUCACUCCAGUGGAAGCGGGUGGAGGCUGGUGGAAGGGCUAUAAAGCUCCCAGCACAGAUAAUCCUGAAUUCCGUCCACCAGAGCUGCAGAGUGACCGAAUAGAGAGCAAGCCAGAAACAGCUAAUGAGGGAGCUGCACUGAAGAGGCUGUUCACGCAGACCCACAAAUGCUUCAAGAUCUCAGAGGAACGUGUGAAGGAGCACAUUCACACCCUGGGCCUCCUGCAGCAGCCUGGAGUGGAGGGACUGACUGACUCCAGUGAUGACCCCUAUGCCUUCAAGGAGGGAGAGUUUGAGUACAGCUUUCCCACUUCCAAGAGACUAAAGGGACAGGAGCGAGAACCUGGAAGGAAGGUGAAGGGAGACAGCAUAAGCACAGGAAACUCUGCAGCAGUGCCUGAUGGGAAAGAUGCCAUGUCGAUUUUCAGCACAGCACCAAAAUCCGACGAAGCCCAACAGGAUGGCGCGGCAGCCAAACCAAACCCACCCUUGACUCGGGAGACGGAUCUGGUGGUCCUCAUCUCUGACCUAGAGAACAUCUUUGACAACUCAGAUGAGGAUGAGCUAACGGCUAUGGCCCUCAAUCAGCAAGCAGCCAAGGUCCCCCCCACUGGAGCUGAGGAUCGCCCUCUAGGGAAGGAUGGAAGAACUGCAGUGCCAUACCCUCCAACAGUUGCAGACCUCCAGCGUAUGUUCCCCACUCCUCCCUCCCUUGAGCAGCACCCCGCCUUCUCUCCGGUCAUGACCUAUCGAGACACGCUUAGUCAAGAGACGCCUGCCCCCGCGACCAACUCGGACCACUCCCUUGUGCCUCUGACGACCGCCCAGCUCUCUGAGUUCCGGAUGGAGGUGGAGGAGGGCAUGGCCAGUCCCAAAGCUGAGAACUUCAAGGACUUCUCGUUUGUGUAUCGUGUUCCUGCUGUUCAGCCACAGAUGGGCUGCUCCAUGUUCGCCCCUCUCCGGACCCUCCCCAGCCAGUGCAUGCCGCCCCUGAGGAUACCAGAAAACUGUUAUUACCGGCCGUCCUGGGCCCUGCCGCCCAAGAUGGAGCACCUGCACCUCCCUCCGCAGUUACCCUACACCCGGGAUGGUUAUAUCAAUGUUCCCAGUGUCAACAGCCUGCUCGACCAGGACUAUGCCCAGAUGAGCACUCCCCAGAUGGGCACGCCGGCUGCUGUCCACAGCACCGCAUCAACGUGCAACACUGGCGGGGGUGGCGUGCUCCCCUCCCCUUCUCCCGCCACCCCCCGAUUCUCCGUGCCCACUCCUCGCACCCCCCGCACCCCCAGGGGAACGGGCGCGGCUGGGAGUGGCCAGGGGUCCGUCAAGCAGGAGGGAACGGAGCUCAGCUCACCGGCAUCUUCCACUCCCACCACCAGCCGUUUGGGCCUGAGCUCUGUGGAGCCCGUGGCCUCUCCCGCCCUCCCGGAGGCCCACAGCCUGUACACGGUACUGCUGCUCUCCGACUCUGUGAUGGACGUCUUCAAGGACCGCAACUUUGACAGCUGCUGCAUCUGUGCAUGCAACAUGAACGUGAAGGGGGCCGACGUCGGUCUCUACAUCCCCGACUCCAGCCGCGAGGACCAGUAUCGCUGCAUGUGCGGCUUCAGCGCCAUCGUCAACCGCCGGCUGGCCCAUGGCACAGGCCUCUUCCUGGAGGAUGAGCUGGAUAUCUUUGGCCGGGGCUCAGAGGUGGGCCAGGCAGCCGAGCGGCGGCUGGCUCUCUGCCACCGGACGGCUCCCAUCACAGACCCCGCGGCCAGCAUGCUGGUGCUUCUUCAGGAUCAGUGCUCCCGACCCAUCUCCUCCCUUGCCUCCCUCCACCGGCCACCCGCCUGCUCCUGCCACGGCCGCCAGGGGGCGCUGCUACAGAAUUGGAUGGCUGACAAGCUCUGGGCGGAUAGCAGCGAUGCGUGCACUGAGUGCUACAAUGCCCUGGUGCAGGGCCAGCAAUACGUGGACAACCCAGCAGGGGGGAAGGUGGACCCGGCCAUCGUGAGGAGCAGCGCACUGCAUUCCUGGCCACACACCAAUGUGCUGGGCAUCAGCGUGCUGUCCUCCCAGGAUGUUGUGCGCAUGCUGCUCUCCUUGCAGCCCUUCCUGCAGGAUGCCAUCCAGAAGAAGCGGACGGGUCGGACCUGGGAAAACAUCCAGCACGUUCAGGGCCCACUCACCUGGCAGCAGUUCCAUAAGAUGGCUGGGCGGGGCUCCUACGGCUCAGAAGAGUCUCCAGAGCCCUUGCCUAUACCCACCUUGUUGGUGGGCUACGACCGGGACUUCCUGGCACUCUCUCCGCUGGCCCUGCCCUUCUGGGAGAAAUUGCUCCUGGAGCCAUAUGGAGGCCAGCGGGACGUGGCCUUCCUGGUCAUCUGUCCUGACAAUGAGGCCCUCCUGACUGGGGCUCGGGUCUUCUUCCGGGACCUCAGUGCCGUUUAUGAGACGUGCCGGUUGGGAAAACACCGACCCCUGGCCAAGGUUUCCCGAGAUGGGAUGGUGCUAGUGGGUGCCCUGGAGCCCCAGGAGCAGACAGAGGAGCUGGUCGACCAGUGGUUCUCAGAGCCAUGGGCUGGGACACACCAGGAAGACAAUCUCACCAAGCUGAAGCGCUAUGCACACGUGUGCCAACAUAAUCUGGCUCCGCAGUUGGCUGCUCUGUCCCUGGACAGCAGCCUGCUCCUGCCCUCCAAACCGCAGCCUCCUGCGUCCACAUCACAGCCAGCUUCCAACGGCCAGCCGCCGGGCGCAGGAGGGGUCCCUGAUGGUCCUUCAACGGCACAAGGCCCUGGAGCCACCCCAACAUCUGCAGGGGCCACACCAGGCCACCAAGGCGGAGCAGAGACGCCACAGGGGGGCAGCACAGAGCACGAGAGCACUCCAAGCACAAUGCCACCCCCCGCUCCAACUGCUGAGAACCAAGAGAGUUUGGCCGAGAGGGAGCGCAUUGGCAUCCCCACAGAAGCAGAGGCGGCGGACAGUCACGCCCAUCCCCCGGUGAUUGUGCUGUACAUGGUGGACCCCUUCAUGUGCUCGAGUGGCGGCGGCCAGGGGGAGGAGGAGGAGGCUGGGCCAGACAGCACAUGGCUACUGGGACUGCUGCGCUGCUACACCGAGCUGCAGCAAGCCCUCCCUGAUGCCCUGCGGCCAGCCAUCAUCCUGCAGGUGGUGCCUUGCCAGUACCUGCUCCAGCCAGCCUGUGGGGAGAACUCCCUGUGCCUGCAGCACUUGCGCUCCCUGGCCUUCUCCUGUUACUCCCAGUGCCACCGGCUGUUGCCCACCCAGACACACAUCAAGUCCUUGACAGGCUUUGGUCCCGCCUCUAAUGUGGACUCUAUCCUUAAGGCCUCAGAGUACCCCAGCUCCCUGCAACUGUACUCUCCGCCCUUCAUCCUUGGCCCUACCCGCAGCAAGCAGCUGGAGGUGGGCGAGGCCUGGGGCGAGGGGGUGACACGCUUCAGUGUGCUCUUUGUGGGCUACUGCCUGUCCCAUGACCAGCGUUGGAUCCUGGUGUCCUGUACUGACCAGCAGGGGGAGCUCUUGGAGACCUGUGUCAUUAACAUUGACGUUCCAAACCGGGCAAGGAGACCUAAGGUCUCACCUAGGAAGAUGGGCCUGCAGAAAGUGUGGGAGUGGUGCAUUGGUAUCAUCCAGAUGACCUCACUACCAUGGAGAAUUGUAAUUGGACGACUGGGGCGACUAGGUCAUGGGGAACUGAAAGACUGGAGUGUCCUUCUGGGUGAGCAUUCUCUCCACUCCAUCAGUCGUCAGCUGCGAGAGGUGUGUCUCAUGUGUGGGAUAUCUGCCAGCGAUUCGCCCUCCAUCCUCAGUGCCUGCCUGGUUGCCAUGGAGCCUCAGGGCUCCUUUGUGGUGAUGCCAGACGCCGUGACAAUGGGCUCUGUGUUUGGCCGCAGCACAGUGCACAACCUGCAGACCUCUCAAGUCAACACCCCCCAGGAUGCUUCCUGCACCCACAUCUUGGUCUUCCCCACCUCUGCCACCACACAGGUGGCUCCUGGCACUUACCCCACAGAGGAUAACCCAGACGACAUGUUUGACCUCCCCUUCCCUGAUGAGUUGGAGAAUGACAUUGGGAACGACAUGAUGCUAAUCACAGGGAAUCUUCCCCCUUUCCCAAACACAUCCCCUGUACCGUCCCCGGGGUCCCCAUCUGGCAUGGGUGGGGGGUCCCACUUCCAGCACACCCGGAGUCAGGGAGAGAGAUUGCUGUCCAGAGAGGCCCCGGAGGAGUUGAAGCAGCAGCCCUUAGCUCUGGGCUACUACGUGUCCACUGCCCGGGCAGACGACCUGCCACAGUGGUUCUGGGCUUCCUGUCCACAGGCACAGAACCAGUGUCCGCUCUUCCUGAAGGCUUCCCUCCAUCACCACAUCUCCAUCGCACAGACAGAUGAGCUCCUCUCCAACAAGACUUCACAAAGGAGCCCCCAUCCACUAGACUCCAAGACCACCUCAGAUGUGCUCAGGUUUGUCUUGGAGCAGUAUAACGCCCUCUCCUGGCUGACCUGCAGCCCUGCCACGCAAGACCGCCGCUCCUGCCUGCCUGUGCACCUUGCCAUCCUCACACAGAUGUACAAUGCCAUCCUUAAUAUGCUGUAGAGACUGAAAAGGGGGGCUGGUGAACUCCCCCUCUUCCAAACCCUGCCCCUGAACUUCACAGUGCACUAGCAGGGACAAGCCUGACAGACCCUCCAUCUUUCCCUCCACCACAGACCCCACCUUCCCAGCCAUAAAAAAGGGAUGUGGUUUGUGCUGUCCCUACUCAUAUGUUAUAUCCCUUUGCUGAACAGAAGCAAUGGGUUUUCGCUUGAAUCCUGAUGCAAAUACUGGCAUCACAAUACCUUCGGUUCAGAGAACUUCCUGAUGGUCUGAAAAAAGGGGAAUGGGAAAGGAGGUAACUCUUAUUGUAGUGGUCCAGCACCAGUUUGCCCUUGUCCAGGAAGAUGGAUGUCAGGGUAAAGAAUUCUGUAUUGUUGCUCUUCAGCCAUGUUAGUAUGAUGCUGGUACACCUGAGCUGGCUCUCUGCUGCCUCAGAUUGCUUUGGUAUUAUUUGGGCCCCUGCAAUUUCACAUUAACAGGAAGCAUUUCAGUGUGUUGACAUUCAUUUGUGCCAAUAUCCCAAUACAGACCUUCAAGGAAGGCCUUAGAUGCAAGAACCCUUUCUCCGCAAUGUUUUCCCUAAUGUUCUGAUGUCACAUGAUGACUAAAUGUUUACAGAUUGUGUCAUGCAUUCAUGUUUUUUUGUUGAAAGCAAAAUUUAUGGGCAAAAAAGAUUGCUGAAACAGCCAUGUAUUCAGCACACAUAUCGGGGUGUACAUAAGAGAUGUUCAACAUCACAAUUUGACCUUUGUCAAUGGUUUUUCCCAUUUGUGAUCGGGAAAACACAUCUAAUGUCACCGCUAGUGUUACAGUAUCCUCUUUCUCUUGUGAUUGUUUAAAGGGCAGAUUUGUAUAGGGAAAGGAAAGCUUCAUGCACGGUCUUUGCCAAGAAGCCUAGCCAUAGCAUAGCGUACUGAACACAGUCCCUAGGUCUGUUUGACAAGGGGACAACACAGCUGGGUAGUGGCACCCCUCGUACAAGUAUGGGGUUUUACGGAGACCAUACUUAACGCAGAGGGCGACAUUACAAGGGAAGCAGAAGCACACAUCCGCACCAGCCAAGAGGAACAAAGCCUGGAGCUGGAGGUGCACAGUCUGUAGUUCCUUCAGUGAGGAAACUCCAUAUUCCAAGGAGAUGCACUGCUCUUUUUUGACAUUUUGUCAUAUUCCUAUUUAACUGCAGAGCUGCCAUGAAGUCAUUUGCUAACAAGAGAAUGCAAUUCAUGCUGACACCUGUCAAAGGGUGAAGAACCUCCCAUAAAGGCACUUUUUACUUUCUUUCUGAAGUGACUUUUUUAUUGUUGUAGAUAGAAACAUGAUGGAGACAAAUGUAAGCGAUAAAAUUAAAAAUUAACUUGUGUAUAGUGUAAACUGACAUUUACAAAGAAGUGUGACUAUUUUUCUUAAUUAAACACAAAAAAUUGAGAAUAAAAAAAGUUUCAAGGUCUUUUCCAAAUUUGAGUACAAAAGCCUUGCCAGUAGAAAUGGAAAGUUUUGUUUUAAAAAGGCGACAACGUUAAGUUGCCAUAUUUAUAAUAUACCCACAUGUCGUGGAAACAGCCACAGAUGGAUGUUACACUUCUCUUUAAUGUUUGACA